UCCUUUCCCUGCUUCGCGCUCGCAGCGGAUCCGAGCGGAGCCGGCGACUCCUCUCGUGUCCGCGUUCCCGGACAUGGCUCCCAAGGGUGGCCUCAAGCAGCAGUCAGAGGAGGACCUGCUCCUCCAGGACUUCAGCCGCAACCUCUCGGCCAAGUCGUCGGCGCUCUUUUUCGGGAACGCCUUCAUCGUGUCCGCCAUCCCCAUCUGGCUCUACUGGAGGAUAUGGCACAUGGACCUGGUGCAGUCUGCCGUUCUCUACAGCGUCAUGACCCUGGUCAGCACCUACUUGGUAGCUUUUGCGUACAAGAACGUCAAGUUUGUUCUUAAACACAAGGUAGCCCAGAAGAGAGAGGACGCCGUUUCCAAAGAAGUGACGCGGAAACUGUCUGAGGCUGACAACCGAAAGAUGUCUCGGAAAGAGAAGGACGAAAGAAUCCUGUGGAAGAAGAAUGAAGUGGCCGAUUACGAAGCGACAACCUUCUCCAUCUUCUACAACAACACCCUGUUCCUGGUCUUGGUCAUUGUCGCUUCUUUCUUCAUCCUGAAGAACUUUAACCCGACAGUGAACUACAUCUUAUCCAUAAGUGCCUCAUCAGGCCUGAUUGCCCUGCUGUCUACUGGCUCCAAGUAGAUGAAGAGACAGAUCCUUCUUUGUAGGGAUGACUAUAGGAGGCAGAAGACAAGGAGAGAGCUUGGCGAGGGAGACAGACACACAAGAACUGUUUUUUAUAGUCAAAUUUAACAGGUUUUGUCUGUAUUUUUUUUUUUAAACUAAGAAAAUGUAAAAUAACCUUUGCUUUUUGGGCUCCUUUUGACAGAUUGUUAAAAUAAAAUAAAUUGGUCACAAAA